CGUCAAUCGAAAAGCGCAAAAGUUAUCGAAUCCUUCUGACCUUUACCAUUUCUAGCUACAUUAAAUCGCCACAGGAGAAUCCUGCAGCGGUGUCUUCGCUCUUCUUAUAUUGUCUUAUUGCGUCCUUCUGAUGUUUCUUUAAUCUAAAACUCUUUUUCUUUCGUUCGUUUCUUCGUUCACAAAUGGAUUCACGCUUGCUACUCCUUUACGCUCUGUUUCCACUCCUUGUUAAAUUCACAUCUGCCACCGUGGAACACGUCGAAACAGUUGGCUUCGUUAAAGAAGACAAUUCACGCGACACGACUUCUCUAAUUAUAAGCUGUCUCGCAACACUUGGUCUCUGCGUAUACUCAGCUGUCCAUCUAAACGUGCCACCUAAACGAGAGCGAUUCCUCGGGUCACUAUGGAGAGAGGUUAAAUGGUGCAUUAUCGGCCUCUUCGGACCUGAGCUAGUUCUCUACACGGCGUGGAGACAAUGGGCGUCUGCAAGGGAGUUAAGUGAUGAAGUGAAGAGAACAAUGGGGAAUCAAGAAAUUGAAGGGAUAUCACGAAAGCCUACUGCAAAUGGUGGCGGUGUAUCGAGGACUUCAACAGGGAUGGAGAAGGGGAUGUCAGUUUCCGAAUCCGAGAUUCCCAGUCGAAGCGCGGGGAGAUAUCCAUGGACCAUGACUCAUGGGUUUUAUGCUACUAUGGGUGGCUUUGCGAUUGAUCUGGAAGACACUGAUUCGGAAUAUGCGAGUCUGUUUGGGGAUGCUAAACGCCUCACGUUAACGGCGAAGGGAGUGGCGUUGCUGGCGCAAGUUGGCCAUCUCCCUGAUCUCUCCAUGGACGACAUCAAGGACAAGAACAAAACCGACUCGCUGGCCAAAUUCCUGGUGUGCGUCCAGGCUGGGUGGAUGGUCGUGCAGGUCAUCAGCCGACGAGCUUUUGACCUCCCGACGACAUUGCUCGAAGUACACACCGUGGCUCAUGUUGUUUGCGCCAUACUCAUGUACGUUCUCUGGUGGUAUAAGCCCCGUCAUGUCGAGUAUCCUACACUCUUGCGUGGCGACUGGGUUUGGCCUCUCGCAGCGUACAUGUACUCAGCCAGCCGAAUCAGUGGCCAACCGCCUCGAGGCACAUUAGGUCGAUUCUUACAUCCCAAACCAGAAUUGAGGCUGCUAGCAUACUUCGAAGAGCCAGAAACAGAGACUAGCUCCGACGACAUCGCACCUAUCCAUCGCUCCGAAACAGACACCACACUUCCCAUCACUCGCUCCCCAAAAGGCCGUUUUGCCCGCCGUCCCGGAACCCUAACCUCGGAUCUAUCCCUCGACACUGAAUCUCCCCCAUCUUCAUCUUCAACGCAUUCCCUCCGCCUUAGACUAGCCGAAGAAGCCGUAUCCAUGUAUCCCGCCCUUCGUUCAAAAUUCCAGCCCUACCACCCUAAAUCCACCGCCAAUCCCUUUCCCCCUUACUACCUCCCUUACGCCACUGAACUCGUCCAACACUCCUCCCUAGACUGGCCUAGCGCAGGCCUCCUCCGCCGCACGCAGUCCCAAAUAAUGGGCAUGGUUCUCUGGGGCGCAUCCAUGGCCUAUGGCGCCAUACACGUGUCCGCGUGGGACUACUUCUUCCCUUCUGCUGUCGAAAAACUUCUCUGGCGAUUAUCCUCCGUCUGGGUGACGUUUUGCGCGGCAUGGUGGCUGAUGACGAAUCUGCUCGCGCAUUUGCUACCAGCUAUUGAUCAGUUUUGGAAUGCAUUUAAUGAGCGGAGGCUCGGGCCAUUUUGGACUGGGCUGGUGGUGGGACUGUGCACGGUUUGUGGAGUUAGUUAUGUAGCGAGUAGGAUGUUUUUGGUAGUCGAGGCUUUUGUGAGUAUAAGAGAGGUGCCUGUGAGGGUUUAUGAUACCCCGAGUUGGAGUCAGGUUUUCCCGCAUUUGUAGGCGAUGAGGGGUGAGUAGAGCGUGCUUGUAAAAGAGUCAACGGGAAAUGCUGCUCGCGCAUACUCACCUAAAGGUUGAGGCUGG